CUUGAGACCCACCCGGGCUACUAUGUUUGGCUAGUUGAACAAAGCAGGGGGCGUUGUACUGUGGCUGCUGAAGAAAUUGAGAGAGACUUGCAUCGCUCUUUACCAGAACACCCAGCAUUUCAGUCAGAAGUAGGAAUUAAUGCUCUCAGACGAGUUCUCACAGCUUAUGCUUGGAGAAAUGCAAGUAUUGGUUAUUGCCAAGCUAUGAAUAUCGUGGCAUCGGUGUUGCUAUUGUAUGCCUCGGAAGAAGAAGCUUUUUGGUUAUUAGUCGCUCUUUGUGAGAGACUCUUGCCUGACUACUACAAUACAAAAGUUGUUGGAGCACUGAUAGAUCAAGGUGUUUUAGAAGACCUCACAAAAGACCACCUGCCAGAUCUCUAUCAGAAACUUGAACCAUUAGGAAUUCUUUCAAUGAUCUCUUUAUCAUGGUUCCUCACAAUUUUUUUAAGUGUGAUGCCGUUUGCCUCUGCUGUCAGCAUAGUGGAUUGUUUCUUUUUUGAUGGUGCAAAGGUGGUAUUCCAAGUUGCACUGGCCGUGUUAGAAGCCAACAAAGACGCCUUGAUGCUGUGCAAGGAUGACGGAGAGGCCAUGACUGUGCUCAGCAAGUACCUGGAGAGUGUGACGAACUUUGACGCUACUUUACCACACAUGAUGCAUAGUGCCCCGCUGUGUUGGAAAGGACAGAAGAACAAACAAGAUGUUAUUGAUGUUAAUGACGUGAUCUACAGUUCAUAUGCCAAGUAUGGAUUUUUAACAUCAUCAAUGAUAGAAAGACUGAGGCUGAAACAUCGCUUAAAAGUGGUACAGAAUUUGGAAGACACAACAAUGAAGAAUGUGAUUAGAAGUGUUCAAAGUGAUCCAUUUAUUAGUACUUGUUUGUCCCAGAAGGAACUGCAGGACCUCUUCUCCGUGGUGAAGGAAGAUCAGUUAACUCAGCAGAGUUGGGGACGAACAUCAGGAGUAGCCCAAGAUAAAUAUGACCCUACUUUACCAUUCUUUGAACAUUACCGUAUUGAUUUUGAACAUUUUCGCCUUCUCUUUGUCACUCUAACUCCUUGGGGUGGUGGACAAAACCCUGAACUGUUAGCAAGGAAAGUAUUUCAGCUUCUCGACUUAAAUGAGGACAAUAUGAUCAACUUCAAAGAACUGGCAUUAGGACUUGGAAUUUUAUGUCGUGCUGGCUUGGAAUACCGACUGAAAUUAUUGUAUGCUUGCCAUUUGCUUAACAAAGAUGUUGAAGUAGAAACUGAACAUCCAUCUGUAGAAGAUACAGAAGUGGCUGCCGAGGCUGCAGAGUAUUUCAACACUUUAACUCCUACCGGUGAGUCUGCUGGCUCCUUUAUGGAAUCUCCAAUGUCUGUGUCUCAGCUUCUGGGAUUGGUUGUCGGUAACAAAGUGAAUUACUCGUUUGGAGGGGAACUUGAAUGUUUUAAAUGUGGCAGCUAUAACAGCCCUAGCCUAUCCAGUGAUACUACAACUUCUAGUGGUGGAGAAGCUAGUUCAGUGCCUCGUCGAGAUAGUCUGUUUGGCACAAGGUACGAGAAGACAAGAACGGAUAGUAAAAAUGAAGGAACUUCUCUCCCUCCCAUCAAUCAGGAGCAGUUUAUCAGCAUGUGGAAAACUCUGUAUAACAUGUUUAUUGGCCAUCCUGAUGAACAAACAUUUUAUCAUUCCAUUGCCAUUGUAAGGACUAUGUUAUUACAACUUGGUGAAAUAGGAAGAGAAACUGGCCACCCAAGAAAUCUGUCAGUAGACAGUCAGUUAGAAAAUGAAGGGUUUUCUCUCGAAUCAUCUCCUGUAGAGAGCUGCAGUGUUCUUGGUGAUCCUCUUCAAUCAGCUGUGUCUCCAAGCUCCGAAUCACCACCAGUUCACAAGCUUCAGGCAGAGGUGGACAGUGGCCAUUUUGAAGAUAAGACAUCCAACCUUAGUAGCCAUGAAGUAGGGUGGAUCACCAAGGAUGUCUACGGAGACAGCGAUAAGCAGCAGUCCGGGAAAAAGGCUUCUUUUGAAAUGGCCGAGGCUGUACAGGAAGUCUCCGUCCCAAGUUGUCCAGAUGCAGACGUAGAUGACUUUUCAGAAACAGUUUGUGAUCAAGAUGCAGAAUCUGCAUCCUUAUCGUCAGAUAAUAAUUUUCAGUGGAGGAUAACAUUCGACCAACUUCGAGCAGCGCUUCACACUCAGCAGCCACUGGUGGAUUUUCUGGAAAAAAAAAUUAAUUUGGUAGCCGAAAUCGAGAGAUUUCGGAACCGGCACCUUGAGAGAUCUGUAAGCCUUUCAUCAACGCCUUCCACUCCUUAAACUUGUACUUGGAAGUAUUAGUGGCUCUUUUCUAUGAUGGAGCUAAUCGUUUGAAUGUCUACAAAUGUUCAUUUUACAAUCUCAAGGAGUUUUCCGUAGUAUUGAUUGAAAUAUUCUAAACAAUUUUGUAAGAUAGCCUGUAAAUUUGUUUUAAAAUGUCUUAAAAAGUUUUAUGUAAAAAAAUAUCUCUAAAGCAGAAAUUUACAAAUAUGUUUUACCUUCUGAUGGUGAAAGUGCUUUAAUUAGUAGCUCGUUCAAAUAUCCAUGUUAUUAACAAGUACAUAUGUUUGUAUAUAAAAAUCAAAGGUUUUGAAUUCUAGUUUUACCCCUUUAGGGAGUGGCCAUGUCUUUUCCAGAAGCAACGAUCAUUCUGUCAUGUAAGUUAGUUCAUGACAUUUUUGUUACCAACCUUUCCCUGCUCCAACAGUGUGGUAAACUGAUGACUUAUUGCUAAUGACCUGCUCUUGGCGUUUUCUUUGGGAAAUAAAGAUAUUUUUUUUUCAAGGUAAAGAAGAUUAGACUAUAAAAUGAUUUAUAAAUAUCAUUAAUGUUUCAGUGAUAGAACUAAGUAAUUCUAAGUAUUAAAAAUGUAUGUAAUGUAAGCUUUGUCAAUGUCCAACUUGUGACCCGUAAAUACUAUAACAAAGAGAAUUUCAUACAGUGAUGAAGUGGGGAAUUAAAAUCUUAAUAUAGAUUACAGAAUGUGUCGGCCAAAGAAGAAAACUAGUACUUAUCAGCUAUGGGAAAUAGUAUUCAAAACAGUAAAUAAAAUUAAUAUUUCAUUACAGUUCAUCUGUUUCUUACAGAUAAAGUUUGACAAAGGCAUGUAUAUUUCGAAGACUUCUUACAGUAAAUAUUUCCGAAGCAAACGAUUACAUUUAAUCACAGAAAUGAAAUGUUUUAAAAAUGGUUCAUUUAAUCCAUGUUUUCUUAAUUUCAAAAAUUAAAAUGCCCCUAUUGUUGUACAGUUGCUGUAAUACAACUGUUAUAUAGCAAGACCUCCACUAGGAUCAGUAGAGCUAUAAAGCCACCAUAUAUAUACUGAUAAGAAACCUUCAGCUACAUGUGUGUAUUUUCACUUAUUAUAUUGUUAGUCUUAAGUAACGUUUUAGGAAAUAAAACAUUUGUUCAAGCUUUAGUAAACAGAAUUAGUGACCAUUUAUAAUAUAAGUAAGUAAGGCAAGGUGUGAUUUUUAUCUUAACAUGUAUACAGAUAAUAAAAAUAACACAAACAGGAGAUUAUAUGCUGGAAAAGUGAUCUCAAGGUAUUUUACAUGGGAUGAUGUUAAUUUGUAUUAUUCUUCUAACGAGUGCUCCAGAUUUCAACUGUAGUUUUUAUGAUGUGUAGUGGAUGCCUUGAUCAAGGAAUUUUAGUUUAUGUGUCCUGUUUCAAAAGAUUUAAGUAAUUAUCAACUAAAAAUUUGAUUGUUGAAUUAGUGUAUGAUAUAUUAAUUUAUUUCUUUUACAACAUAGUUUCAAAAGCAAUGCACAAAUAAAAUGGGAUUAAUUUUAUACAUAUUGCCAAUUCACCAGUGCAGUGUGAUUUUUCAGUUAAGAGUGCCAUGGAUAGUCUCAAGUAUCUGUAUGUCUUGCGUCUACUUAAAACUUCUGGUGAAUCUUAUCCAAGUAAACAAAUCAGCCUAAGUAUAAGAUUUGUAUAUACUCAUGUGUCUGUUUUUUGAUUAUGUUUCUUUAAAUAUUAAAAA